UCAGUAGACGCACUAUCUAAAAAUUUCAGCUUACACUUCAUGAGUCACCAUGUAAUUUGGUUUCAGUGCACACGUCAUCCCAAAGUCAUGAAACCGUGUUCAGCGUGUUAAGUAUAUCCGUAAUCACCAGCUCACAAUUCAAGUUCAUUGUGUGGACAUCUGUCAUCUGUCAAAAGGGUUUAAUGGCUGGGACCUACGAAGACACCGACAAUAUGAAUGUAGCCAGUGAUGGUGAUCACAGCAUCAAGCACCGUGAUGGUGGCUCACCAGCAUGUGAAAAUGGUGAUGGGCAAGGAGAGCUUGUACACCAAUAGGACUCUGCCAGUCAAAUAUCGUCGAGUGCAAGCACGACAAAGUCGUCACUUAGUAGAACCAGGAAGAGGCUUAUCGCCAAAAUGGCAGCACUUGAGGCCGAAGUGGUAAGUUUACGAGAGAUACAAGCCAUAGAACUGGAAGAGCUGAAACGCCGACAAAAAAGGCGGAGCUCACUAUCAAGGCCAAGAUGGACAUGGCAAAGCGGAAGAAACAAUUUAUGGGUCGGGGUGUACAGAGUAGUCCAACCUAUUGUUGCAGUGAAGGUCAGUGCCUUAGAAGGCAGUUCUAGCUUCGACACUUAUGCUCUACUUGACAAUGGACCAACUAGCACUGAAGAGCUUGCAAGUCAGCUAAACAUUGAUGGGAAAAGACAGUCUUUGACUCUUAUAACAAUUGCAAAGACAAAGAAAAAGAUCAAAACAACUGUCAUCAGUUUGGUGGUGAGGAGUUUCGACAGACAGGCAGCAGUUAACCUGGAGAAAGUCUACACACGACAAGCAUUCCCAAUUAAUGACGUCAACAUAACCGAGUCAGAAGAUGUCAAGAAGUGGCCACAUGCACGAGGCAUCAACACUCCCCAAGUUGAGAAGGGCAAGGUACAACUGCUGAUUGGUCAAGACUCGCCAGAAGCUCUCAUGCCAUUGGAAAGAGUGAUAGCAUUGUGGGAGAAGACUCUUUGCCCGAAGGGUAGACAUUAUGAACUGCCAAUAUCUUUAAAGAACGACCAACAAAGGCUUGUCGACAAUCGAAUUGUCGCGGAGCAACGCUUGACCGCAUUGGGCAGACGUCUGGAAAAGGAUCAUCAGUUGAAGUCACGCUACACAGAAGACAUAAAAGAGUUGGUUAAUAAUGGAUUUGCUGAGGAGGUUGCCGGAGACGACCGCACAUCAGAUACGACCACAUGGUAUCUACCACAUCAUCCGGUACUUGAUUCGGGUAAACAAGGGAACAUGCGCAUAGUCUUCGACUGUGCUGUUAUUAAAGCACAAUGGUCAAUCCUUGAACACGCAGACAAUCAGCAGGCCAGAUCUGACGAACAAGUUACUGGGCGUACUCCUGCGCUUCCGACAAGAGCAAGUGGUUGUAAUGGUAGACAUUCUAGCCAUGUUCCACCAGGUCAGAGUGUCACCGGAAUGAAAAGAUGUCUUGCGUUAUUUUUGGUGGCCCGACGGUGAUACCUCACGUGAACUGCCUGUGCACAGGAUGACUGCGCACCCUUUCGAUGGGAUAUGGAGUCCCAGUUGCUGUUCCCUUGCUUUACGGCAUACAGCAGAAGACAACUGUCAAAACUUCCAUCCGGACACAAUAGUUGCAUCAUGCGUAAUUUUUACGUGGAUAAUUGCUUAGUUUUACUAGCGACUGAUGAUGAGGCUAUCCAGGUUUCUUGAGAGUUACGAGAACUUCUGUCCCGACGCAGUUUUCAGCUAACAAUGUGGUUGAGCAACAGGCCUCGAGUCCUUCAGUCAAUUCCUCGAGAAGGGAGAGCUGUUGGCGUCAGAGAGCCAGAGCUGAAUUAUGAAGCGUUACCAACAGAGAGGGCCUUGAGGAUGCAGUGGGACGUCCAGACAGAUUGUCUUGGGUAUCGAGUAAGUCCAAAGGAGAAACCAUUGACAAGGAGAGGGUUGCUGAGUAUUAUAUCCUCCAUUUAUGACCCGCAUGGGUCUGCUAGUCUCUUCACUCUGUUAGCCAAGAAGAUUGUUCAAGAUUUAAGCUGGAAGAAGCUGCCUUGGGUCAAAGCACUGCCGUCACAACACAGAGACGACUGGCAACUUUGGAAACAGGACUUGAACAAACUCGAGCAACUGCAGAUAAACCAAUGCGUCAAGCCCUACGAGUUCAAAGACGGCAUUAGAUAUCAGUUACAUCAUCUUUCUGAUGCAUCCAAGGCAGCCUACGGGGCUGCAACUUACCUUCGCAUGGGGAACUAUGGAGGACACAGUUGCUCAUGUCUGCUGUUGUCAAAGUCACGUCUGGCACCCCUAAAAAGGGUUACUAUACCAAGGCUCGAGCUGAUAGCUGCGACACUCUCAGUGAGGCUGGAUGCAAUGAUCAGGAAAGAGUUUGACUUACCUGUGGAGGAGUCAGUCCUCUGGACCGAUAGCACCAUUGUACUUCGAUACAUCAAUAAUGAAGAGAGGCGUUUCCAUACCUUUGUGGCGAACAGAGUAGCAGUCAUACUGAACCAGUCAAGUCUUAAUCAGUGGCACGAUGUGGAAACCUGGCUGAAUCCAGCAGAUAUGUUAUCACUAGAGGACAAACCGCUGAUGAGCUGCUGGCCAACCAGAAUUGGUUGAUUUGUCCUGAAUUCUUGAGCCAAGACAACUGCAUGUUGCCACGUACACCUAUCUCAACAACUCUAGAUGAUAAAGGUCCAGAAGUAAAACAUGAGAAAGAGAUUGUCACCAUAUAUGCCACCAAGCAUGCAGAUUCAGUUAACCCGACUGACAGAUUGCUAGCUAGGCACUCAUCGUAGAAUGAGCUAAAACAAAGUGUUGAAUGGAUCCUGCGAGCAGCUGGUUGUCUGUUUAGGAAGAUCAAGAACUGGCCAGGAUCAAGAACCGGAUUUUGGAAGUGACUUAGCAUCACAAUGUGUCAGCACUACACGCAUCAUCAUAGAUCCCUGAAAUUGUGGAAACAAAUUUUCUUUGCAGUUCUUGAAAUCUGUUUGGUUAAUGCUACCAUUGUGUACAACAGCACCCCCACGAGGCGUCCGCUCACUAGCUUGGAUUUUCGGGUCCAGGUUAUCGAUUAACUAUUGCCCGCCUGCAAAACGAGCAACUCAACACCACAUGCCCCUGAAACUACACUCCUUUCAAGUGGACAUUAUCCCAGAAGAAGUAGGUAAGGCCAAAAAUGAAACUGUGUUGUUUGUAGCCCGAGACUCUCAGAGGGUUUGUACAUGGGGUGUACAUGUAGGUAAAAUGAACUUAAUGUAUGGAACUCUUACCCCCAGAUUUUUACCAAAAUAACUUAAGUAAUAUUCUCCUUAUUGGAUAUCAUUACUUUUAGUCAAUGGGUUGUCAUUGCAAGAGUGGCCUUUCAUGAUCUCGACUGGUGGGGGCGCUGUACACUAACAGUGGCGUAGUUGUGCCUGGUAAACAAUGGGAACUUGGAUUUAAGAUAGUCUGGUAAAGAACCCUUAGAUGGGGUUAAAUGGUGCAGUUGAGACGGAAUGAAAGGAAUGGAAUCAGUGUGACCAUAUGACUCACUGACUGAACGAAGAAAAGGAACCAGCGUCAGAUGAGAUAGGGCAAACCUUGACCUGGUUACAUAAAGUAGGUCUUGCAGUUCAGGGUCUAGCGGCGAUGUUUCAUUGAACAAGUAUUCCUCACGGCAGUCAUCAAUGGUAACAGGGCGCACGUCAACCUGAACGCGUGUCCCCGAAACAGUGCUGCCAUUCGAUCAUCCAUUCAUGAUUCCCAGUUUACGACUGGCAAUAUUUUGAUUCUUGGUGGGCCUGAUGGUAUAUUCCAAAUAGUCGUGUUCGUCACUUCCAAAUUGCAUCGUGUAUUUGGGGCGUAAUCCUUGAAUAUAUCAAGCCUCGGGUUCCAUGGCUUCUGAUAAGCGCCACAGAACGAAAGAAGACAACUGGGAAGGACAACUAACGUUGGGCAGGAUAGCUCAGUUGAUAGAUAAUGUGGUUCUGGAGGAAGCAAGUUCGAGUUUUGCUCCUGGCAGCUUCUUAGUUCAUCUUUAGAUUUAAAGAUCAACCAGGUUGAAAUUCGAAGUGUGAAAAGGUAGCGACAUGAUUAACGGGGUGAUCAGAUUGCUGUUGGGUAUCAAUGCUUGUAAAAGGCAGAGACAUAACCUAAAAAUACGUACGUUCUCAAAAUCUAGUGAGCUUUAUUAUAAGCACACAGGCGCAAAUUGUGGUGAUGUUAAAAUUAAUGAUGGUGUCUUUGUCUUGUGUCCUAAAAGAGCAAAUAUUACGGAGGAAAAUAUCAAAGUACGUGGAAAAUUUAAAAAAUGGCAAUUAGAAAAGGAAACCCUUUGAUCUUUUUUGUGAAAAAUUUAUAUUUGACUUUGUUGUAUGUUAGUCUUGCAUGGCAUGUGUGCACAAGAAAGGUCAGUUCACAGUGCAUGGGACAAAAUCCAUGUGCUAUAACUGGCUUUACUUUUUGGUGAGAUUAACGAGCAUAUUUACACAAGAGGUUUGUACUAACAUUCGUAUCUUCCAAUUCAACUGACAAUUAUUGACUGAUACAGAUGUCUUUGAUAACAAUCAUACAUGUCAACCACUUUUAAACGAUAACCCCCUUUUCAGCAUUUACAUUGUCAGUACUAUUUUUGGAUUCCUAGAGGCACUGUUUAGCAGAUGGGCUGCUUCAAAGUACACAAUUAUAACAUGUAGAACAGUGUCUAUGACUAACGCAAACGUAGAGAAAAGGUUUUCGGGCUACGGCUCCAACAUUGUACUCUAGCUGCCAUCACUGGCUUAUUCACGAGAACUGAACUGGGCAUUUCAUAAAAACAUGUUUAAAAAACCUGAACUUUUAAAAUUAUUUUUUUAAUUACCUUUUUAUUUUGAGGAUCCGUCAAGUUAAAUUGAUUUCGUUUAAAUUGAAUUCCGUUUAGCACGCAAGGACACUCCGUUCCCUCUCCUAUAACUAUACUAUGCGGAGUACAACUGACCAAAACGUCAAUUUAAUGCUACAAUAUUUUACAUCACAGAAAAUAUCUGUCAUUUCGUAAACUGACAAAGAAAUCAUUUUAUUAAAGUCAUUAAAAUGUGGAUUUUUGUGCUGUCAGUUACAGAUGUUAGUAGAAAAAGAAAAUCUAAUUAAGAAUUGUCAAAUACAUGUUUAUUCGGUCAGAAAGUUUACACACACAACUCCACACAACCCUACACAGGCAUACGUCUGGGGUAUUCCCUUUGUCCUCGUGAACAAAACUCCCACACAAGACGCAACAAAAUUCCAAAACACUCCCAUUUCAACCAAAUUCACUUGCCGGGGUUGAAAUUUCGACCGUAUGUCCUUUAUAUAAAUACUUCAAUUUUCUACAGAUUUUUACCCAUCACUAAUUUCCCUUUUUGAGUUAUUUCCAAAUAUCAGUUUCGUUAAAUCCCUGUGGGGCACUCUCUCACUAGUACCCUAUGGGGUACUUCCCAUUGUUCCGGUACCCAACAAGGCACCACGUACAAGCGCACCCCACCCAUGUUAUUUUGUGCGCUUGGAUCUUCUGAGUGGUCGUAAUCUUCUUGUUUGAAGUUCGGCUCGGAAAGUACUACUUGAGAUGGCGCAGAACACAAGCCAGGGGCAAGGGACAUUAAAUUAGCCUCAGGCCAAACACAUUCAAUCCCAUUCACGAAUACUUUCAGAACGUCAGAUAGUCAUGUGUAAAAAAUAGACACCAUUUUCCUUCAUUCUUUAAAAUCCCCGACCGGCUCUCGACCGAUAGGAAUGACUAAACUGUCUAAGGUGUUCAUGAAUGAUUAAUUAAAAAAAAACCCACUAAAUAUACAAAUAGAGCCACGAGAAUUGUUCAGCGCUUUUAUGCAGGGUAGGGUCGCCGGUUGAACUGCCUUACAUCUCCCGAACAUGUGCUGGGCCUCACUGACAGAAUGUUUCUCCAGCGAGUCCAAAAUGCCCUGGCUCACGUGUAUUACCGAUUUUGGUGGUUCCUAUUGUUCGACUUCAAAGGUUUCUAUCAGCUUAAAGUCAAGCACAACAUCCGGCCAGAGAUCAGCAUUUAUGAAUCCAACAACCAAGCUUUAUUCUAUCUGUUCCACGGGAACCUUGCCUUAGAGUUUCCUAGACCAAUGCAACCCAACACAGCAUAAGUCCUCUUCAAAGCUGGUUCAGCCACUCACACAACGGUACAGUACAUUGAUGAAGGGGUUGAAAGCUUAAACUCCUCACUACAUUUCGAAGUGCUUUAAGACACACAAUGGCUUAACUGAGGUGAAAUGUCUUGGGGAAUACGUAAAUGGUAAUGUCCCAGAUACGCGACAUUCGUUUGCAAGAAUGGACCCGAGGGCCGUUCUUGCCCACGAAUGGCUCGUUACAGAGAGGCAUUAUCCGACUUAAACUCCAUCCGCGACUCCUUUAUUGUCCUAACGCUGCAACAUUUUGCAAGAAUGGCGUGUUUUUUGUUAUUAAAAACUGCUUUGAAAAUGAAGCCGGGUAGUGAAUGUCCCGUUAAUUCCUGGAGGAACUAAUAGCA